AUGAACAAAAAUUUACUUCAAGAUCAAAUUAUUUCAAGAAAGAUUAAUAAUACUAAUGAAUAUAUUUUAAUAAAUGACGAAAAAAGUGAAAAAGAAAUGAUUUUUAAAGAAAAUGAAUUAUUAGAUUUAGAUAAUAGUAAUAAUGAUAAUUUUGGAUUAAAUAAUAAUUCGGAGAUUAUAAUUUCUAAUUGGAAUCAAAUAGUAAUAGAAUGGGAAAGGAUGUUAAGAGAUGAAUUAGAAAGACAAGAAAAUAUUGAUAAUUUUUAUGAUGAAAAUGAUGAGAAUAAUGAAGAUAAUGAGAAUGAAAGAAAUGAAGAAAACAAUUAUAUAUAUAAUUAA